GAAGAGAAAACUUCUUCAAGGAGUCCUACAGCAGGUCUGUAAGUUUAUUUGCGGGAAGCAACAUUAAAGUCAAAGUUUUUUGCAGCUGAAGGAAGAAUGAGGAGCAAAAACUCUCAUCAGGUGUGAGUGUGAAAGUUGUACUGUACGUACGCAUUUUGCACGUACAAAAUGGCCAUAAGUUGACGCUCUCUGACCUGGAGGACGUCUUUUCGCCUGACAACACUGCCCUCUGGUGGCGCAGUUUGCGCCCUGCAUCUGUGACUCAGGCUGCGAGGCGCCUCAAAGUGUGGCUGCCGCAGCAGUAAGUUGGCCGUCAGGAUUUCCCUCCAACAAAGCGUGACUUGUGUCGGACAGCCAGCCCAGCGGGACGGCACCUUUCCGAGGCUCGGACCGCGUCACAUGGCGCAUGGAUGGAUAGCGGGAAAAGGCUGAUCACAGUGGAAACAUCCGCGUUUACCAGGCAUCUGUUAGUCAGAGUGAGACCACACUUCCACCUGACUCUGGGGGUUUUCAUCUCAGGAUGCCUCACAAGAGCAAAAAAGAAAAGGAAUCCUCCAAAUCUGGAAGACCAAAAAAAGCUGGAAGCAAAAAUGGACCUACAGGGGAACAAGAGGGUUCAGGUAAAAAGGCGCCCCCUUCAGCUCAGCUGUUGAGGGUGAAGCAGCCCGGGUCCCACUCAGCGGUGAAGAGAGAGAAGAGGUUCAGCACCUCCUCAUUCCCCCUCAGCGCUAACAGAGAGCUGCAGAAACUCCCAGCUCUCGCAGAUGUGGCUCCAGCAGAACAGGAGAAGCUGUUCAUCCAGAAGCUGCGGCAGUGCUGCGUCCUCUUCGACUUCCUCUCUGACCCGCUCAGUGACCUGAAAUGGAAGGAGGUGAAGCGGGCGGCCCUGAGCGAGAUGGUCGAGUACAUCACCCACAACAGGAACGUCAUCACCGAGCCCAUCUACCCGGAGGUGGUGCACAUGUUUGCUGUGAAUAUGUUCAGAACGUUGCCGCCGUCGUCCAACCCAACCGGAGCGGAGUUUGAUCCCGAGGAGGACGAGCCGACGCUCGAGGCGGCGUGGCCCCACCUGCAGCUCGUCUAUGAAUUUUUUCUUAGGUUUUUAGAAUCUCCCGACUUCCAGCCCAACAUAGCGAAGAAAUACAUUGAUCAGAAAUUUGUUAUGCAGCUCUUGGAACUAUUUGACAGCGAGGAUCCCAGAGAGAGAGACUUCCUGAAAACCACUCUCCACAGGAUCUAUGGGAAGUUUCUGGGGCUGCGGGCGUACAUCAGAAAACAGAUCAAUAACAUUUUCUAUAGGUUUAUCUAUGAAACUGAGCACCAUAACGGUAUAGCUGAACUACUGGAAAUACUUGGAAGCAUAAUCAAUGGAUUUGCCUUACCACUGAAAGAGGAGCACAAGAUUUUCCUGUUGAAGGUUUUACUGCCUCUGCACAAAGUCAAAUCACUCAGUGUCUACCAUCCACAGCUGGCCUACUGUGUGGUGCAGUUUUUGGAAAAGGACAGCACAUUAACUGAGCCGGUAGUAAUGGCUUUACUAAAGUACUGGCCAAAGACUCACAGCCCAAAGGAGGUGAUGUUUCUCAAUGAGCUGGAGGAAAUCCUGGACGUCAUUGAGCCCUCGGAGUUCGUUAAAGUUCAGGAGCCACUUUUCCGGCAGCUGGCCAAGUGUGUAUCCAGCCCACACUUCCAGGUGGCGGAGCGGGCCUUGUACUACUGGAACAACGAGUACAUCAUGAGUCUGAUCAGCGAUAAUGCAGCAAAGAUUCUGCCCAUCAUGUUUCCCGCUCUCUACCGAAACUCAAAGACGCACUGGAACAAGACCAUCCACGGCCUCAUCUACAACGCUCUGAAGCUUUUCAUGGAGAUGAACCAGAAACUGUUUGACGAUUGCACACAGCAGUUUAGGGCAGAGAAAAAUAAAGAAAAGGCAAAGUCGAAAGAACGAGAAGAGGCGUGGAUCAAGAUUGAGAAUCUCGCCAAGUCAAAUCCACAGUUCUGUUUGUAUCUUGAUUCCUAUGACAUCAUAAGUCCCGUUGCUAUGGAAACGGAUGUCCCUUUCAUAGAAGAUGUACAGAGGUUAAAAAAGGCAGUUGAGGAGGGCGCAACUCAGUUGCAGGGGGAGCAGCGAAAAGAGCGGCCCAUGGUGAGACGCAAAUCUGAGUUGCCUCAGGAUAUCUACACCACAAAAGCCUUGGAGUCCCACCGCAGAGCUGAAGAAAUGUUGACCACCCACGACGGGCUCUAGACCCCCCACGGACAGAAUAACGCUGGCGAAACGCGUUUCUUUUACCCACAAUCCUUCAGUUUGUCUUCAUUCCUGCAGAAACUCUUCAGCCGCCUCUCUGUUUUUCCACUUUCUCAGGUUAUUUUAUUUUUUCUCCGAGGAUGAUGAUGGUGUUUUGUGUCUUUUAUCCCGUUUCGUCCCCAUCACUGUAACGGUGGACAGCACAACGUUCGUUUCUACAAAAUCAGACGUUUGAGGUUUGUGUCUUUAGUUCAGCGGGAACGGAGAACCCUGCUAUUCGGAUUUAAAAAAUAAAACACGAUCGUAGUUUAUUUCUGUUUUGGGUGCCAAGACUGUUGCGUUCUUUAUGCUUGAUUUAUCGACUGCCUGCCUUUUUGUUUGUUGCCACUGUUUUGAUUGAUUUUUUCCUCCAGCACACUUAAGACCAAACUUGGGCCUGUUCUCAGCCUUGCGUUGCUCAGAAAA